AUGGCGAAGGGCGCUACUAAGAAAGCUCGUGACGCCAUCGCUAAGGUCUUGGGACCUGAACCCUCUCUUUCCAUAGAACAGAUCGCGCAACUCGACCGCCUGGUCGCCGAGCACUACACCGAGAUCCACGGCUUGCGCGCCGCGAAUGCCGCAAUAGCUUCUCGCGAACGUGCUGCUAAGAAGGCCGUUGAGCUCCGCAAGGAUGAGGUCAAACACCUGAACAAGAAGGUGCAAGAUCGCACCCAAGAGGUUGCCAAUGUGAAGGCGGAGAUGAACAAGCUGGAACGUGUACAUGCAGCCCUCGAAAAGGGGUUGUGUGACCGCGAUGAUCGGAUUGCCAGAAUGAUCAAGGAGUCGAGCAAGGCUCGCCGCGAACAUACAGAAGAUGCGGGCUACGGCAAGCGCUUUGCCCAGCAUGCCCCCGCUGACAAUCGCAAGCUUCUCGAGCAGCAUAAGACCAUAAACGACCAGCAGCGUCGCAUCACCGAGCUCGAGGAGGCAAACGAAGAAUCUGACCUAGCGCUCCACCUCGCAGAGGCGACAUGGGCGAAGGCGCACGUGGAGCGCGACGCCUCGAAAGCCAUGUGUGUAUCUCCGUGCCUAAGCAUCAUGGUUGAGGUCCAGUGUUGUGCUGACGCUGACAACUAUAGGUUGGUUGACCGUGAAGCGCACAUCAUCCGUCUUACCGAGCAGAUCCGCGGGCUGACAAGCAUCGCUGGAGCGUCCAACGCUGCCGUUGGUGCCGCUCUCGAAGCUCAGGCGCAGCAAGACCUCACGCUUGUGAAGCGCCUGCAGGCCGACCUUGCCGCUCGCGACGCUACCAUAGAUGAUCUGCAAGGCUCAAAGGCCGAUUCUAUCCGCAAUUUGCAAGACAAGCACGAGGCAUUAUUGCAGAACUACGGCGCUGUAAAGCAAGAUUUCGAGCAGUUUUGCCGCGAAAGUAAGCGCGAUUUCAAUGUGUACAUGUCCUCGGCUGAGGAGCAGUUGCGCAAUCUCGAGGAGAGGCAAGAGGCGUUAAUGAAGAAGCACAGCCAAGUCAAGCAGGAUCUUGAGCUCAAGCUUCGAGGUGCAGAGGAGCGUGUCAUUGACGCGAAAACGCGCGGAGACAGUGCUCUUGCAGAGAAGACGUCUGAGCUGAAGGUCAUCUUGGAUGACCAGCAAAAACUGAUCGAGAAGCUGCUGGCCGCGAACAGGGCGUAG